AUGUCGACCCUUGCUCAGGAGGCCCAUUCACUAGCACAUCACCAGAUGCAGAUGGCCAAGCAUACCGGGGACACUGCCGGGAAGAUGAUUGCCCAUGCAGUAGCAAUCAGAAGGCAUGCCUGGCUAAGAUCUUCAGGCCUCUCCACAUCAUCGAGGCAGGUGAUUGAAGAUCUGCCGUUUGAUGCCCUGGGACUUUUCAAUGCGGGCACAGACGAUAAAUUGAAGUCCAACCAUGAAUUCAAAACCCUUGCCUCCAAGUGUGGUUUUGAAAACCAGGGUCAGGCGCAGCGCACCCAGCCCGUCCCUCGCAGUCUCCUCUACAACCCCAGCCUCAACAGCCUCAACAACAGAGGCGCCAACACCAGCAGCAGCGUCAGCGCUCUAGGCAGACCUCAGGAGGCAACCAGGCCAGGCGUCGAAUUUGACGCUCUGGUGGACGAUACCUUUCGGAUGGUGACGGUGUCGUCCAUCGUCCCCUUCCUCCGGUAUGGGGACUUCUUCGCGUCCGUCGAUCUCCGGGACGCCUAUUUUCACCUGGCAAUCAGGAAACAUCACAGACGCUUCCUGGCCUUCAGAGUCUUUCUCUUGGAAAAGGGCCUGGUCGACCAUCGACCGUCGAUACCGACGAUCCUGUCUUUCCUGCUGCACCUCACGGAGCGGGGACUAUCGUUGUCUUCACUCAAGUCGCAUUUGGCCGCCAUAUCGUGGCAGCUCCAGAGAACGGGGGAGGCUUCCCUGUUCAAGAACAGUUCUGUGAAAUCCUUUUGCAGCAGGGGCAUUGGCGAAGGCAUCGUCAGAGAAUUUGUUCUCCAAGGAGCCAAAGUGGUUUUCUGUGGCCUAGAAUUUGAAGAAAAACAGGGGAGGGCGAUUGAGCAGGAACUGAAGAAUAGUGGAGCUGCUGGGGAAGCUUACUUUCAGAUCUGCGAUGUUCGCAGCGAAAAAGAAAUUCAGAAUCUGGUUGCUGUGACCAUUAAACGUUAUGGAUCCCUUGACUGCCUGGUGAACAAUGUUGGCGUCCAUCCCCCUUACAAAACAGUUGAUGAUUUCACUGCAGAAGAAUUCCGCGACCUCAUGGAAGUCAAUACUGUCAGCUACUUCUUAGCAUCUAAGUAUGCUCUGCCUUACCUCCGAAAAACAAAAGGGAAUAUCGUCAAUAUCUCCAGCAUUGUCAAUAUUAUUGGAGAUAAGCAAUCCAUAAGCUAUGCUGCAUCCAAGGGUGCUGUUACUGCGAUGACAAAAACUCUGGCCAUUGAUGAGAGCAAGUAUUCUGUCCGAGUCAACUGCAUAUCACCUGCCAAUAUCUGGACUCCAAUGUGGGAAAAGCUUGCAAGCGAAGCACCUGAUCCAGAAGCACUGAUCCAGAAAGGCAAAGAUGCUCAGCUUUUGGGACGGAUGGCGACCACUGCAGAGAUUGGCAAGACCGUCCUGUAUCUUGCUGCCGAUGCCACAUUCUGCACAGGAAUUGACCUUGUGUUUAGUGGUGGAGCUGAGCUUGGCUAUGGUCAUAAGAGCCCAUUUACUCCUGGUUGUGACUCUAAAAAGUAGUGGAGCCAACCAGGAUGGGAGGACUGCAAUGGCUACAACAAGGGACGAAACAAGCCAAAUAGUGCCUUGUCAUGGAUGAGCAAACGUGUUUGCAUUGAUGUCCAGAAGACUUCAGAAUUUCAACUCAUGAUUGUCACACGCCAGCACUGGAACAAAACCUGCUUUAAGAUGUGAAAAUCCGAUUUAACCAUUAAUUCAAUGGGAACAUAAUUCAGGAGCUUUUCCUGGGUGCAUGUGCAGUGUAGAAUAAACAAUUUGGCACCACUUUAACUGCCAUUGCUCAAUGCUACAGAGUGUUGUGAGUUGUAGUUUUUCAAGGUCUUUAACCUUCACUGCCAGAGGGCUCGUGUCUCACCAAACUACAACUCCCAUGAUUGCAUAGCAUUGAGACAUUGGUGUUAAAGUGGCAUCAAACUGCACUAAUUCUACAGUAUAGAUCAGGCAUGGGCAAACUUUGGCCUUCCAGGUAUUUUGGACUGCAAUUCCCACAAUUCCUAACAGCUGGUAGAUGCAUCCCUAACUAUAUUUUUUUUGUAAACAGCAAGUCCUUUAUAUCUAACAUGCUUUCCCAUGGCUGUAUUUAAUCCAGGAAGGUUUGUUUUCCGCUUGAUGCAUCCUUUCUGUCUAAACCAAUGAAUUAAAAAAAAUCAAUAUUGGA